AUGCCCCUCUUGACCAUAUCUUUCGGACUCCAAUAUAUGGACAAAACAUGUCUCACAGGUGCCGCAUUGUUUGGAAUUGUACAAGAUCUCCAUCUUUAUCAGAUUGUACCUACCAGCAACGGCAAAGGCGAAAGCACAAGUUUGCAGAAAUACGGAUAUGUGUCGAUGAUUUUCUUCUGGGGCUAUUUGCUAGGAGUAUUUCCCGGGGUUAUUCUAUCUCAGAAACUCCCUCUAGGAAAGUUCGUGGGGGCAUCAAUUAUGCUUUGGGGAGGGGUUACAACUUGUACAAUGGCAGUGAAGUCAUACGAAGGGUUCCUAGUACAAAGAUUCUUUCUUGGCUUUACCGAAGCAUUGGUUUCACCAGCCUUCUCACUCAUCACUGCUAUGUGGUACAAGCGUGAAGAGCACCCUCUGCGGUUCGCCAUCUGGUAUUCAUCAACCGGACUCGGCGCGUUAAUCGGAACACUCAUCACCUAUGGGAUAGGACAUAUCCAUGGUCGUCUGGCACCCUGGCAGUAUCAAUACUUAGUGCUUGGCACAGUGACAUUCUGCUGGGGGAUUAUUGUCCUACUUAUCCUCCCUGACAAUCCCGUCUCUGCCAAGUUCCUGUCUCAGGAGCUAAAGAUUGUUGCAGUUGAGCGGAUGCGGACUGAACAGAUCGGCAUCGAGAACAAGACACUCAAGACAUAUCAAGUCAAGGAAACAUUCACAGACCCUAAAACUUGGAUCAUGGUUCUAAUCGUAUUUUCCGUAAAUCUCACAAACGCUGCAUUGGCAGGAUUUGGCUCAAUUAUAACGCAAAGUUUUGGCUUUUCCACAUUUCAGGCCGUUUUACAUUUAGGAGCUGGAGGGGCGGUUAUUUUUAUCACGCUCCUCGUUGCUGGUCUCAUAACAACCUAUAAAAAGAACACAAGAUGCUAUCUUGCAAUUGCCGGCUGCCUCCCAGUCAUCGCAGGCUCGUUGAUGAUCUGGAAAUCCAGCUGGAGCAACAUCGCUGUUCCACUAUGGGGAUUAUACUUUCUCUGCUGGUAUCCAAUCUCUUAUGUCAUGCUCCUCGCACUGAUCAGCGCCAACACCGCCGGCCAUACCAAGAAAGCCGUCACAGCGGGUCUUAUCUGGGCAGCAUAUUGCAGCUCAAAUGGGAUUGCUCCUCUCGCAAUCCUGACUCAGGAAGCAGACCGACAUUAUCCCACAGCGUUUAUUUUGUUUAUCGCUAUGACCUCCUUUGCAACCUGUUUGGUUAUUCUUCUGCGGUUUUACCUCGCUUGGUUGAAUAAAAGGCGAGAUCGCAAGUACGGCACAGUCGAUGAUGUUGCCGCUGCUGCAACGGCAUUUCAAGACUUGACUGAUCGAGAGAAUAAACACUUCAGGUACACACUUUGA